AUGCUAUGUCGCUUUUUAUUGGACACGUACGGUCUACAAGGAACAUUACUUAUAUUUACGGGUAUAGAGCUGAAUAUAUUGGUAUUUGCUAUGUUAAUUAAACCUUUAAAGCCACCAGAGUACUCAUCAAAACCACCCCAUAAAGCGACUCGUAUAAGUGUUGAUUAUUGGGAAUCUGAAAACCAAGCAGAUGCUGGCAAAAUUGAGAUGGAUCAUGCUUGCAAACCCGAAAUAGACAACGUUAUAUUUGGACUAUUCGCCAGUAUGUACAUAAAUUUUUUCUCUGUUUUGAUAACAUCGCUAUUGGGU